UUGAAUGAAUUUGCCGGUGUUUCUUUGAAUUUCGAGUGCUCGGGUCUAUUUUGCAAAACCAGAAAAAACAGUGUAUUUUUGGCUAUUUAGUGUUUGUGCUAAAAGUGAUCGUUCACAAAAUACAUUCCAAAAUCGAGUGAAUUUAUAGUGCCACAUUAUAGACAAUCAGUUUCCGACAAUGUUUCGUAUUUCAACUAAAGCUACUAAAUUAUUUACUCGCGAUGGAAGCUUCUUUGAACGGCGUAAAUGUGCUACUUUGUCCAAAUUAAGUUCCCUGGUAGACAUCAAACCGGAAGUCCGGGAGGCCCUUCGAGCGUCUCCCCAGUCCGUCGUAGCCCUCGAGUCCACCAUAAUCACCCACGGUAUGCCCUAUCCGCACAACCUCGAGACGGCUCUCCAAGUGGAGCAGAUUGUUCGGGAUAAGGGAGCCAUUCCGGCCACUAUUGGCAUCGUGGGUGGUCGUAUUCAGAUCGGCAUCGAAGGCGACCGGUUGGCUAAACUGGCCGGAUCUGAUAACCGGCAUACAAUUAAAACGUCUCGCCGGGAUUUGGCAUAUGUGCUGAGUAAUGGUUUGGACGGUGGCACAACAGUGGCGGGGACACUGCUAAUAGCCGAUAUGGUGGGCAUCCGUGUGUUUGCCACCGGCGGAAUCGGAGGAGUCCACCGAGGGGGUGAGAAUUCGAUGGACGUUUCGGCCGAUUUGGUGGAGCUUGGUCGAACUCCAGUGGCGGUGGUUUCCAGUGGGGUGAAAUCAAUUUUGGACAUUCCACGAACGCUAGAGUAUUUGGAAACGCAGGGUGUCUGUGUUGCUUCCUAUCAGUGUGCGGAUCUGGACUUCCCUGCUUUCUAUACACGAUCCAGCGGUUCGAUGGCAGCUUAUAACUUGAGCAAUGCUGCGGAAGCAGCCGCCAUGAUAAAAACUAAUUGUGCACUUGGCUUACGGUCUGGCUUUUUGAUAGGCGUCCCCAUUCCAGCCGAGUAUUCCCUGGACCGAAAAGUGAUAGACGAAGUUAUCGAGCAGGCACUGGCUGAGGCAGACCGCUUGGGCAUUCGAGGCAAGGAUGUUACACCUCAUAUCCUAGCGGCAGUGUCGAAAAUCACUAAAGGACGCAGUUUGGAGUCAAACAAAGCUUUGAUAAAAAACAACGCGAGUGUUGCGGCUGAAAUUGCCGUUGAGUUGGCGAACAUUGAAAGUAGUGCGAGUGAUGCUCCUCGAAGACCUAGCAGCAAACGUGCGCCGGUGGUAAUUGGUGGAUCAAUCGUCGAUACCUGCAUUACUGUGUUGGAGGACGAUUUAAAGCUCAACAAUUAACGAUGUUAUUUAUGUCA